AUGUUUGGUUGGGUCGGGGGGAGUGGUCCGCUGGAAAAUUGGUUUCCUUCAGCUAUCAUUUGCAAACUUGAGAAUGGUGAUCUUAUUGAUUUUCGGUUAGACAGGUGGUUGGUGGGAGGGGUUCCACUUUGUGAGCGGUUUCCUUCUCUUUUCCGUUUUGCUAAGUCCUCUGGUUCAAAGGUGAAUGACAACGGGUUUUGGAUCUCCGAAGAAGUCGAAGAUGAGCAUGUGGAGGAUCUUAUUCGGGAAUUAGGUGGGACUACGCCUAUGGUUAGGUUGGACGAUUUGUUCAUUUGGUGGAAAAAUUCUUCAGGGUAUCCGGUGAAGGUUGCUUAUGACAUGUUAUUGGAAGGGCGAGUUCGGGGUCUAAGGUUGGGAGGCUCUCUUGUGAAGGCGUUGGACCAUUUUUGGAAGACCAAAAUUCCUAGUAAGGUUUUAGUUUUUGGUUGGAGGCUUUUGCUUGAUAAACUUCCAACGAAGGUUAAUUUCUCAAAGAGGGAGAUUUUGUCAACUCCGAUUGAAAUUGUGUGUCCUUUUUGUGGGUUGGAGGAGGAAGAUUCAGAUCAUUUAUUUGCUUCUUGCUCGGUCACCUUCCUUUGGUGGACUAAGUUUUGUGAUUGGCUUGGAUUUGAUACCGCCUUAUUACCGGUUAAUAUCUUUAAUCGUCUUUUUCUUUUGGAGUCGUUUUGCAAGUCCAAGUUUAUGGUUGAUACUAGUUGGCUCUUUGGAAUGGCUUUUUGUUGGGGUGUUUGGAAUUGUAGGAAUGGUAUUGUUUUUAAUGGUGUUAUUUUGAGGGAUUUUGACACGGUAGGAAUGAUUAAGUUUGUUGCUUGGGAAUGGUUUCUCUUCUUUUAUAAGGUGCGAGAAUCCAUUCUUUAUGUCGCUUGGUGCGUUAGUCCGAAUUUGUGUAUUAGGAUCUAG